ACCCUUGAAUAAUAUGCCGCGGAAUCUCGUUUCUGACGCCAAUUGGACAACCAAACGCGGGCUUCUCCAUUCCAGGGGAAUUGGGCCGGAUUUGUUUUGCCAUUCCGUCCAACCAAACAGCACGCAAAGUCUCUCCCGCUCAAUUCAACUGAACGGAUAAAAAAGGAUGGCUCUGGUAGUCUCAACGCGCCCACCGCCGCCUCACACUCUCCCUGGACCCGGCAAGCCCGACGGCGCCGCCUGGGACUCUCACGGCCACCUCCUCCGCCUCCUGACAGAAUGCUCCGACAUGUCCCAGCUCAAACAGAUCCACGCCCACGCCCUCCGCACCGCCCCACUCGAUUGCCCCCGCGGUCUUUUCCUCCAGAGCCGAAUCCUCCACUUCUCCGCCGCCGACCUCGAAUACGCCCUCCGUGUCUUCGGCCAGAUCGAGAACCCCAACACCUUCAUGUGGAACACCCUGAUAAGGGCAUUUGCGGUGAGCAACGACCGUAAAGAGGAAGCAAUCUCUAUCUUUGAGACGAUGCUGAGCGACGGCUCUGUUUCCCCCGACAAGCACACGUUCCCGUUCGUCCUCAAGGCGUGCGCUUACCUUUUUGCCAUAGCCGAAGGACAACAAAUCCACGCCCAGCUCCUGAAACGUGGGCUCGGAUCCGAUGUCUAUGCGAACAACAGCCUGAUCCAUUUCUACAGCUCUUGCGGUGAUUUGGAUGUUGCAUGGAAGAUGUUCGAUAAAAUGCGUCACAGAACUGUCGUCUCGUGGAACGUCAUGAUCGAUGCGUUGGUCCGAUCUGCUGAGUUCUAUGCAUCUUUGGAGUUGUUCAGGGAAAUGCAGAGAUUCUUUAGGCCCGAUGGGUAUACGAUUCAGAGUGUUCUGGGAGCGUGUGCUGGUCUGGGAUCUUUGUCCUUGGGAUUGUGGGCCCAUGCUUAUGUUCUUAGGAACUCUGAUGUUAUCGAGAUCAAUGACCCGCUCGUUAAUGCUUCAUUGGUGGAUAUGUACUGCAAAUGCGGGUCGUUGGAGCUUGCAGUUCAGGUAUUCAGGGGGAUGCUCAAGCGUGAUGUGAACUCGUGGAACUCUAUGAUUCUUGGAUUCGCAAUGCAUGGGCAGGCCUACAUGGCUUUGAGAUACUUUUCAGACAUGAUCACGGAGCAUAAUUUGAUACCCAACUCGGUCACCUUUGUUGGUGUUUUGGGCGCCUGUAACCAUCGGGGCAUGGUUGAUGAGGGCCGAAAGUUCUUUGACAUGAUGGUUCAUGAAUACCGUGUUGACCCUCAGUUAGAGCAUUACGGCUGCUUAGUUGAUCUCCUUGCUCGAGCCGGACUUAUAAAUGAAGCCCUAGAUCUCGUCUCUAGCAUGCCCUUAAAGCCUGAUGCAGUAAUUUGGAGGAGUCUCCUUGAUGCGUGCUGCAAGAAAAAUGUGGGCGUUGAGCUCAGUGAGGUUCUGGCUAUGAAGAUUUUAGAAUCGGGAGGAGGGGACUCGUGUAGCGGGGUAUAUGUGCUUCUCUCUAGGGUGUACGCUUCUGCGAGGAAAUGGGAUGAUGUCGGGAUGGUGAGAAAGCUAAUGGCCGAUCGAGGGGUGAGCAAAAAUCCUGGGUGUAGUUUGAUAGAGAUUGAUGGGGUCCUGCACAAGUUCUUUGCUGGAGACACAACUCAUCCUUUUACCAAGGAAAUUUAUGACUUCUUGAGUGUGAUAGAAGAGAAGUUGGGUUCCAUGGGUUACAUUCCUGAUGUGUCUCAAGCUCCAAUGGUCGUUGAUGAUGCUCGUCGCGAGAAGGAGCAGUCUCUUAUGCUCCAUAGCGAGAGGCUGGCAAUCGCAUUUGGCUUGUUGAACGGGAAGAAUGGAACCCCCAUAAGGGUAUUCAAGAAUCUUCGAGUCUGUAACGACUGCCACAGUAUAACUAAGCUAGUCUCGAGGAUAUUCGACGUGGAGAUCGUUGUGAGGGACCGUGCUCGAUUCCAUCAUUUUAAGGAUGGCUUUUGUUCAUGCGGAGAUUACUGGUGAUCAAUCAAUUGUAUGUGCCGUAGUCCUUUUCGAAGACGCUUGUAUGUAAUUAUUGUGGAUAAAUUGAAGUCCAUUAACACCAUGACAAUGUCGUAGAGAUUCAAAAGUA